AGAAUGACUGAUAAGUGUUUCCGGAAGUGUAUUGGCAAACCAGGAAGCUCCCUGGACAACUCGGAACAGAAAUGUGUGGCCAUGUGUAUGGAUCGAUAUAUGGACGCUUGGAACAUCGUGUCAAAGACGUACAACUCUAGGCUUCAGAGGGAGCGAGCGCGCAUGUAACUGCACCUGGACUGCUCUGUGCUGCUCCCUGUGGGAAGGCGGCUGCUGUCAAACUAGGAAAAUGUAAAACAGAAAUUCUGUCAAAUCUCAGAGAAAAAGCUGUUACCCUAAUGGCUUGUAACAAAAUUAUUAUCUAUGAAUUUUAUUAUAAUAAAACAUAUUGAGAUGAAAA